AUGGAAGAAGAAAUAAGAGGUGCAAUACUACCGAAUAAUAGCACUACUACUACUACUAAUAGAAGUAAUAGUAGUAGUAGUAUCAGUAAUACUAGUACUAGGAAAUUAUCAUAUUUAUCAAAAGUUGAAAGCAAUAUAACAAUUCUAUCUGGUAUAUUUCCAUUUUCAUCUCAAGUUACAUCAUCGUUAUCAUCAUCAUCAUUAUCAUCAUUUGAUAAUAUCAUGACUGAUCAUUCCAAGGUUUGUCGAUAUUGUUUAUCAGAUGAUGAAACUAGUGAAUGGUUAGCACCGUGUAAAUGUAUUGGAACAAUGAAAUGGGUUCAUUUGAGUUGUUUCGAGCAAUGGCUUUCAUUUGCGCCUUAUGCGAUGAAAUAUAGCUGUGCUAUAUGCAGUUAUGUGUAUCGACGUCAAUGGAAAUUAAAAUCUUACAAAAAUUGGCAUUGGCCACAAUUUCAUCUACGUAUAACCGAUCUUUUGGGAAUAUACUUUGAUAUAACUCUUACUUAUCGCAUAUAUCGCUACUUUCCACGUUGUUUGGAUAAUAGGGUUACAUUCUUCCUCUAUGCAAGCUAUCUUUUGCUUUGGAAAUUAGUUGUUCUGAGUAGAAUAAGACUUAAUUUUUAUUCAAAUAUUGUGUAUGAUAUUAUUACAUCGAUAUGCUCGUCGAAGGUGCUUGAUGCAUUGUAA